AUGGAUGAUUUAUCUCAAUGCCAAGAUUUAGAUGAUCAAACUCAAGGUGGACAUAAAAAGCUACAAAAGCAUAACUUAGUUAAGCCACCCUAUUCUUACAUUGCAUUAAUUACUAUGGCAAUCCUUCAAUCACCCCAAAAACGCUUAACCUUAAGUGGUAUAUGUGAAUUUAUUAUGAGCCGUUUUCCCUUUUACCGCGAAAAAUUUCCCAUAUGGCAAAAUUCCAUACGACAUAAUCUAUCGUUAAAUGAUUGUUUCGUCAAGAUACCGCGCGAACCUGGCAAUCCAGGCAAAGGAAAUUAUUGGACUCUCGAUCCUGCCAGUGAAGACAUGUUCGAGAAUGGCAGUUUUCUACGACGUCGUAAACGAUUUAAACGACAG